AUGCAGUCCGCACCGCUUCCCGCGCCACCGGUGCCCUCCAUCGGCGCAGAGGCGUGCAAAAAGGACUACGCGGUCGGCACAUCGAUCCCCGCCAACCUUCCGCACGCCGUGUCGGUCUCGCUGCCUCUUUGGAGCGACAACAUUGACUACGAAGAGGGUCGGCUCACCAAUUCCAUGGAAACGGGCUACCCUCGUUUCUUCAUUCAUCGAACCAUUCAGCGCCUCGCCAGCUUGCUUUGCAAGAAGUUCGCCAAACCCAAUGAGGCAUGCAUUCUCUUCCCCUCUGCUAAGAUUGCUGAACGAUGCCGAGACUUUAUGCGCGCUCAGUCGGCAAGUGCUACUCCGCUUCCGAUCCGCAUCGUGCGCUUCUCGAUGCUCGAGCAUUCGGUCCCCAGCGCUGCCGGCACAGGAGCAGGCGGGGCCAGCUCGAGCACGGCUGAACACGUUUCUGAUCAGUUGGAUGCUACUCAUUUUCAAGCUUCGAGCACCACGGCUCACUACAUCUUCAUCGUCUUCUUCCCCCAGGACGUAUUCCCACUGGCAAAGAGCUACUGGCAACACACGGGCGAUGGCAUCUCGAGCAGGCAGGCCGAACGAUGCCUUUCGCUACUCGAACAGUCCAAGAGCGCCGAGCAGGAGGUGGCGGCAAAGGCUGAGGCCUCUGCCAAUGAUGCUGCUUCCCCCACUGCCAACGGAGCGUCGCAAGACGACAUCUACAAGAAGCCCUCAUCGACAGCGUCGGCAGGCAAGCGCUUCUACAACCGCUACACACGCACCAACAGCGCUGCUUCUGGAGUCCUUGCCAACAACGCUUCCACGCCUUCGCCCACCUCUAGUCUGCCUCAGACGCCUUCCAGCAGUGGCAUCCUGCAGCGCCCUUCUACCGCAGACACCGACGACGCCGUGUCUUCAGCCCUCUCUGCAAGCGUCUCGAGCCGCUCUGGCGUCCAUGCCGCCACCACUGCGCGUUCCUCCUCCGCCUCUGCUACGCCGCUCGAACAGGGAGAUGACCUUGUCACUUACGUCGAGGAACGGUACGGGCGCAACCUCCCGCUUUCGUCGGCCGCGUCUGCGAAACUCGCUCUGCGUCGCCGAAUCGCGGGCACCCUGCUGUCGGAUCGCAGCGAAGAGUCGGCCACCAAAGCUCCUGGCGACCAGGUCGGUGAGACCGGUAGAACGGGCACUGGCGUAACGGAGGACGACGUUUUCCUCUUUCCUUGUGGAAUGAGCGCCAUCUUCCACGCUCAUCAGGUCGCUAUGCGUGCCGCUCCUAAGCUGUUGAACGGUAGCACGUCUGAGCGCCAGGUCGGCAAAAGCAUCUGCUUCGGCUUCCCGUAUACCGACACACUCAAGAUCCUUGAGAAGUUCGGUCCCGGCUGCCACUUUUACGGUCUCGGCGUCGACGACGAUCUCAGCUCCCUCGAGCAGCUGCUCCAAGCCCACUCGUCCACUUCGACACCCAUCCUCUCGCUGUUCUGCGAAUUUCCAUCGAAUCCGUUGCUGCGAUCUCCCAACCUGCCGCGCAUCCGCGAGCUCGCAGACCGGUACAACUUGCUGGUGUGCAUCGACGAGACGAUCGGCAACUUUGUCAAUGUCGAAGUGCUGCCCUAUGCCGACAUGCUCGUCAGCUCGCUGACCAAAGUCUUUUCGGGCGACGCCAAUGUCAUGGGUGGCAGCCUGGUGCUCAACCCACAUGGUCCACACUACCGCACCCUGCGCGAGACGCUGCAGGCGCACUACGAGGACACGUACUUCGACGAAGAUGCCGUCUACAUGGAACGCAACUCGCGCGACUUUAUCCGGCGCAUCGUGCGUAUCGACAGCAACACCCGUGCAGUCACGCAGAUGCUCUGGCGCGAAAAGCUCGGCCUCGGCGCCUACCCGGGUGUGGUCAAGGACCUGUACUACCCCAAGUACCAGACGCGCGAGAACUAUGACAUCGCACGCCGUAAGAAGGCCUUCACCACCCUGGGCCACAUGGAUGCGUCUGCGGAUGACGAUGGACAGGGCGGCUACGGCGGCCUGUUCUCCGUGACCUUCCACAGCGAGGCCGCCAGCUCGGCCUUCUACGACACGCUCCAGUGCGCAAAGGGCCCUAGUCUGGGCACCAACCUCACUCUCGCGUGCCCCUACACCAUCCUCGCCCACUACGGCGAACUCGACUGGGCGGCUCAGUACGGCGUAGAGCGCGGCCUGGUCAGGGUCAGCGUAGGGCUCGAGGACGAGGCGUUUUUGCUCAGCAUGUUUACGCAGAGCCUCAAGGCUGCUUCCCUCGCUGAAUCCGGUUCUGCCGCACAAUAG